AUGCGUUGGGUACGAUUUUACAAGCUGAUUUUGCAGGAUACAGGAAGGUGGAACGAUGGUUUUCUCUUUCCACUCACCACAUGCUGUUCAUUUGAAAACAUCUCCUUCACCGAUCAAUCUUCAUUUGUCAUCAUGCUCACCGCGAAGCAUGACCAAAACUUGAUUCUUGAUCUUGAUUCAUCAUGUUACAGUGAAGCUCUUAGGCCGAUGAUUGAAUGCCUAAAGUUCACGCCACUGACUCAGGCGUUAACAAUGGAGGAAUCUGUUCCACUAGUUCAUCUCUUGAAGGCAUAUUCUUCUGCUAUCUACAACAAAGCAGAAGAUAUCAUCCACUUUGAGGUUGUUUAUCACAAUACCUCCAUCACUAAGCCCCAUUUCAGCAAACUUCUAGGGCUCACUUUACCAAAAGUUAAUGUGGAUCCAGAGUCGAUUCACACUAUUGUUCAAGAGUUUCUCCAAGAGGGUUGCAGUGGUGCCCUAGGCCACUUCAAAGUUCCCUUGAUGACUGAUUCGGUAAUGGCGGCCAUUCCAACACUCCAAACGUCCACAUUUUUUAUGCCGGAUCCAAGAAAUUUCACUUUUGUUGGCUCAAUUCCGGAUGCUAUGUUGGAAAAGGUUCCUCUCAAAAGUGCCAUAGUGAGAAAGGACUCAAAAUGUCGAUUCCUUGGAUGGUUUGAUCCUCCAAUAUGUGAUCGUGCUAAGGCUAUCAUCCCUAGUCUACUAAAGAGCAUGAAUAAUUUGAAGCUUUCAGUGAAAGAGUUAGAAGAUGAAAUUCAGAAUUUGAGGUUUUACCUGAAGAUGGUAGUGAAAGAAUUAGAAGAUGAAGUUUGUAAAUUGAAGUUCUACUUGUGGUGCAGUUGGAUUUUUUUUCUUGUUUUCUAG